AAAAUAAACUGUAAAAUUGAAACAGCAUUACGAAACUAAAUAAACAUCGUAUCAAGAACGAACACAUAAAACUGUUCAAGAAAGAAAUCGCUCGGAGCAACAUCGAGUUACAUUUGUUAGUAAAUAUUAUAACGAACAUGAAAACUGCACUAUUCAUUGUCAUACUGCAAAUAAUUUAUUCAACAAACUGUGCUGUAAUAUCCGAACCGAAUAAAGAAGAGAAUGAGCAAAAAAUAGAAGAGCUGGAAAAAUUAAAAGACGCAAUCUAUGCGCAAAUCAAUGAAGCUGUUAAUGAUACAAUUAAAACGCUGGAACAAAGCAACGACACAGAAGCUAAACAAGGCAUUGCGUACAUGAACGAGCUGCAGCAACUAGUCAAAGAAUUCAAUGGUACAGAGCUGAUGACUGAAGCUGACAUCAUAUGCAACAGCACAGACGAAAACGCAUUCAAUGAUAUAAUCAAUUCAAAAAACUUAAGUGAAGCCUUUGACACCAUCUCAGGCAGAAGAAAAAAUCGACCAUCUGGAUAUGAACAUAUAAAAGAAUCUCUAUUGAAAUACAAGGAUUUUUCCAAAGGAUGGAUUGGGAUGUCAAAGAAGAAACAGGAUAGGUUGAAAAACCUUCUUGGUUUACAAUCCAAGCUCAAUGAUUGGAUGAAACAAAAAGAGAUUGAGAAGGAGAGGAUUCGAGCGUAUAAGGCUAGGCAAGCAGCCACAAGUAAAGUAGAAGUUAUUACAGAAAACUGUCCUGAUUUUGGAGAAGAAACAGGUAAGAAAAAAAGUAAAAAGAAGGGAAAGAAGGGACGGUGGCCGUGUUGUAGGAAAUGCUGCAAGAAAUCUUAUAUGGGUUGCUUAUAAUGUUUAAUCUGUUUCAUGUAAUUAGAUUUUAUUAAACUUUAUGUGCUGGUAAAUGAAUUACAUCAUGCAUUAUUA